CUAUUUCCGCCGUCGGCCGGUGAUUUCUCCCUUUCAGUGUCGGAGAGGCUGCGGGGCGGGCAAGAUGCAGAUUUUUGUGAAGACUCUGACUGGGAAAACCAUCACCCUUGAGGUUGAACCAAGUGACACUAUUGAAAAUGUGAAGGCCAAGAUCCAGGACAAGGAGGGGAUCCCCCCGGACCAGCAGCGCUUGAUCUUUGCUGGAAAGCAGCUGGAGGAUGGCCGUACCCUGUCUGACUACAACAUCCAGAAAGAGUCCACUCUUCAUUUGGUGCUGCGUCUGAGAGGUGGUGCCCUGGACCCCAGUCUGCGAAUCCUUGCUCAGAAAUACAACUGUGAUAAGAUGAUCUGUCGCAAGUGCUAUGCUCGCCUGCAUCCUCGUGCUUCCAACUGUCGUAAAACCAAGUGUGGCCACACAAACAACCUGCGCCCUAAGAAGAAGCUGAAGUAAAUGUCAUGAGGUCCUGUUGCCCAUGUUAGACUUGCAUUUGUGCUAAAUUUCCAAUAAAAGCCAGUUGCAUUGCA